UAAGUCAGCUCCCCCUGCAGGUGUUGGGGGCUGGAGUACUGUGCGACAACAUCCCCGGGCUGGUGGGGAAACAAAGACGUCUUUGUCGCAGCCACCCGGAUGUAAUGGUUAGCCUCAGAGAGGGAGCGCGGCUUGGCGUGGAGGAAUGCCAGAACCAGUUCGAAUCCCAGCGCUGGAACUGCAGCACCCUCGACCGGGAUGCCUCGGUGUUUGGGAAAGUCAUGUUGAAAGGAAGCCGCGAGGCAGCUUUCGUCUAUGCCAUAUCAUCAGCCGGCGUCGUCCACGCCAUCACACGGGCGUGCAGCAAUGGCGAGCUCCACGACUGCGCGUGUGAUCCAAGCAAGAAGGGGACGAGUUCCGACAGCCGAGGCGAAUUCGACUGGGGAGGAUGUUCCGAUUGGGUCCAAUAUGGAAGCAAGUUUUCUCGGAUGUUCAUUGACGCCAAAGAGAGAAAAGUUCGUGAUGCACGUGCCCUCAUGAAUUUGCAUAAUAACAGGGCGGGCAGAAGGGCUGUGAAGCGAUUCCGGAAGUUGGAGUGCAAAUGUCAUGGAGUUAGCGGGUCGUGUGCAAUCCGCACGUGCUGGCUCGCGAUGCAGGAUUUUCGGCGCGUGGGGGAUUAUAUCAAGACAAAGUAUAAUGGCGCCACCCAAGUGAUGAUGAACCAAGAAGGGACGGGAUUAAUAGUAGCCAACAAAAACCACAAGAGGCCCACAAGAUCGGAUUUAGUGUAUUUUGAAAUGUCUCCGGAUUAUUGUUUACGGGAUUUGGAAAUAGGAUCUCUUGGGACGGCUGGCCGUGUGUGCAAUAAGUCCUCAAUGGGCACCGACGGCUGUGACAUCAUGUGCUGCGGGCGAGGAUACGACACCAAGACGGUUAGAAAAAUAGAAAAGUGUGAGUGUAAAUUUCACUGGUGUUGUUUCGUCCGGUGUAAAGAAUGUCACCGAAUGGUUGACGUCCACACGUGCAAGGGGCCGAAUCCAACUCCUCCUCCCGCUAGUCGCAAGACGCGCUUCUAGACGACUCUUAGUCCACAUGAACUGGAACCUUUUAGACUCGCCUCAACGUUGAGCAUACAUCUGCUGCACAGACUAGACGCUGUGUUCGCUUUGAUGAAGUGGACAUAGGAUGAAGACGGUGCUGAUGACGCGACGACGUUGUUGAACAGCGACGGAGACGACAGUGUGUAGAUCAGAACGUUGUGGAUGUUCUAGUGAUGAAGAACGACUGUCAGAGCAAACUUCUGAAUGGAGAAAUGACAGAUGGAUGCUUGAAACAAUCUGUGUUUAAUGUCGAGACCAGGCUCAUGUAGAUAUAUUCUCCUGUGCAACCUUAUGUUCGCUUCUCUCGCAGUGUUUACACACUAUUGAUGACGUGGCCCGCCAAGCCUGAGAGGUUUGGGUAGGACAACGCCAUGCACGUGCACAACUACAUUUAUGUGAUCUAUUAUUUUCUGUGAGCUGACUAGAUGUGUGUGGAGCGACGCAUAUGGUGGUCCUGGCUACAGCUUAUUGUUACUGUUUGUGACGAUAGAACCCCAGGCUGUGAGUGUCCGAGCACUAACUACAGCAAACCCAAGCGUGUUUAUCACGGAACGGAUGGGAGGAAGAUUGACGAUAAUCGCCCUGUGUUGACAAUGAAAGCAUUUGUUGAUUCGUCAGCUUCUGAAACAGGUCCGUGCUCCCUCAAUGGCAAAAUACAGAGUGUUUGUCCCCAAAACAGUGCUUGUUGAAAGAAAAUAGUCACUGUGUUGCAUCUUCAUCCGACAUGAUGGUGGUCCGUUUGGUCUUUGUGUGUGUUUUGGGGAAGGGAGAUUCAGCGCAACGGGUGUCUGUUCUCACUGUGGUAUCUUCUUCUCUCAUCGAGAAACUAUACAGGAUUGACUUAAAAGCAAGACUUUCCCUCAUACGGAAUCUGAAUGGACGGUGAAAAAUGUUAGUGUUUCCUGUAGACUCGUCUGUUCUUAUUUAUGAUAAGGUCUGUUUGUACUUUGCCUUUAAGUAUAGCUGAACAUACUCUUGCCUAAUAUGCAUAAAGACAUGUUUCAAUCUUGUGCGGUGGUGGCAGUGAUAGGUUGUCGCCUUAGAAAAUGUGAUAGAAUAUGGUGUUUAAUACACAAAGGCGCGAAUUAUACCUAUUGCUGCCAUUGCUGCAAGUACUAAAGAUCCCUGUGCGAAUGGUAUUUUGAAUUGAAUGGGCAAUGUGUGAUAAGGAUUUUAGUGCUUUCAUUUGCAUUUUAUUUGAUUUUGUGAGUACUUGUACAAUACCUUUCUGUACGAUAGAAUUUAACCAAAGUACAAAUUUAUGGAGCAUUGUUUGAACUAAGUUUUAAUCAUAUCUUAACAAAAUGUAUUACGAAAAACGUCAAAUGAUUAUGUGAUAUUUUUAACUGACAUCUCACUUUAUCAAAACAAGAUGUUGCGGUUUAGAUUUUGAAAACGUUAAUUAUCUUACAGGUAACUGGUUAUUGAAAGCGUCGUUUUAUCCUACAGGUAAAUGGUUAUUGAAAACGUUAUUUUAUCCUACAGGUAACUGGUUAUUGAAAACGUUAUUUUAUCCUACAGGUAGCUGGUUAUUGAAAACAUUAUUUUAUCCUACAGGUAAAUGGUUAUUGAAAACAUUUUUUUAUCCUACAGGUAAAUGGUUAUUGAAAACAUUAUUUUAUCCUACAGGUAAAUGGUUAUUGAAAACGUUAUUUUAUCCUACAGGUAAAUGGUUAUUGAAAACAAACAAAUGGUUAUUUUAUCCUACAGGUA